AGUAAACGACAAAUGAAAGUUAUCUCAAAAAACAAAAAACAAAAAAGGGUAGACUCGCUUAUAAUCUACUUGCAUUACAACAACAACAACAGUAACACAUCACACCACACCACACACUGCUCUCUCAUCUGCCAACAUGGCCCAGCGUCAACUCUCUCCUUCUCUUUUCUCUUCCACUUUACCUUUCCACUCUCUCAUCUUUAAUCUUCUUUAUACAUCAACAACAUCCCCCUAGACCCCUCCCUCCCUCCCUCCCUUCUCACACACUUCUCCUAUCCUAUGGGUUCAAGCAACUCUUCUUCUGAAGACUCAUCUCUCAAUGGCUUGAAAUUCGGCCAAACUAUCUAUUUCGAAGAUGUUGCAGCUAUUCCUCCCCCUCCUCCCUCCAUUGCUACUUCUUCAAAGAAAGGAGGAAGAUGUGCUUCUCUUCAACAAUCUCAACCACCUAGGUGUCAAGUUGAAGGAUGUCAAGUAGAUCUGACUGAUGCUAAACCUUAUUAUUCUAGACACAAAGUAUGUGCCAUGCACUCUAAAUCCCCUACUGUCACUGUUGCUGCUCUUCAACAAAGGUUUUGUCAACAGUGUAGCAGAUUUCAUCAGCUUGUUGAGUUUGAUCAAGGAAAAAGGAGUUGCCGCAGGCGACUAGCUGGUCAUAAUGAGCGUCGCAGAAAGCCUCCACCAAGCUCUCUCUUAACCUCGCGUUUCGCCAGACUUUCUUCGUCUGUUUUUGGUAACAGUGGUAGAGGUAGUAGCUUCUUGAUGGAAUUUAAUUCACACGCGAAACUUAGUAUGAGAAAUCCACUUCCAUCACCUAGAUCGUCUGAGCUAUUUCCCGGAAAUCAAACCACGACACUUGGAUGGCAUUGGCCGGGCAACUCAGAGUCUCCAUCUGACAACCUUUUCUUGCAAGGAUCAGUCGGCGGGACAAGCUUCCCUGGUACUCGGCAUCCUCCCGAGGAAAGUUACACUGGAGUCACAGAUUCAAGCUGUGCUCGCUCUCUUCUGUCAAAUCAAACAUGGGGUUCUAGAAACACAGAACCAAGUCUCAGAUUGAAUAACAUGCUGAAUUUCAAUGAGACACCCAUGACACAACUUGCUACAUCUUCUCACAGUGUAGCCAUCCAUCAACUUCCGAACAAUUCGUUCUGUUACAAGGACAUUGAUCCUGGAAACAUUUCGCACGAGGUUGUUCCUGAUCUUGGUCUCGGUCAUAUGUCGCAGCCUCUCGAUAGCCAACUUUCUGGUGAGCUUGAUCUGUCUCAGCAGGGAAGGAGGCAUUAUAUGGAUCCAGAACAUUCUAGGGCUUAUGAAUCUUCUCAGUGGUCACUUUAAUGCACUUAAUUGAUGUCAGGUUUGUAAUAACAUGUUUCACAAAUAUUGGAACUCAGGAAAAUGAGAAGUGAACUUGGACAUGCUUGUUAUUUGCCAAGUGAUAGGCAAGUUGGUUAGCCUUGCUUCAAUUGUGGAACUUUGAGUCACUUUUUGAGCAAUUGCUGAGUGGAGGACAACCACUUUGCAGUUUGUUAUUUCUCCUUAGUUAUUUGAGAUUAUCAUGACUUUGAAUUUCAGGAAGUUGUUUGGCGUGGAUAUGGCCACGCAUACGUGUAGUCAUUGUGAUUGUGGGCAUUGCAACUGAAUGUCGCAAUAGCAAUUGCUGUGGGAAUUUAUUUUCUGUUUGCAUUGAAUGUAACGAGUUAUCUUAAAAUCUAUUCUUUUGCUUCCCCUCUAUGAUCAAUUUCUAUGCACCGUCAUGUGUAUAUAAAGAUGAGAAAUGAUUAUAAUUA